CAACAAGUUACAAGGGGCAAGGAAGACUUUUCUGAAACUCAAAUACUUCAAGGAGGAAGGGCUGUAUCUUGAAUCCUUGGCGCAAUCAGGCCAUAAAUCGGAGAAUAUUCCAUUUUGUUUGUUUCUGGUUUGCUUUGGAAAAGGCAUGAAAUGAAUGUGACAGAGAAAAAAAUGACCCUGUUAAACAGGCUUCUCCCUCUGUUCAAGAAACAGCUUCUCCAUGUUUAGAGAAAAUGAGACAACAGGUAUUACUGACUUUCCAGGACUUCUGCAUCCAGGCUUUUAGGAUCUCCAGAGUACAAAGAUACAUUAAUCCCACUUAGCUACAGCCGUCUUUUUAAUCUUCCUCAACUAUCUGGCCUUUAUACUCAGUGUUAAAUCCUGAAGGUGAUCCUUGUGUAAUUCUCUUCAGUGCUUUCUAUUAAUGCCUCAAUGUGCUUUGUCUAAUGGCAUUUACAUGGUAUGCUAACCACAGAAGUUUCUACUCAGGCACAUUCUAGGAGAAUUACGGUAGCCACUGCGUCUCCUAGGAGUUUUUUCUUUUGAAAAAGAGUUCCACAAACAGAAGUCUGGCCAGGACUCUAGUUAACAGCUUUGGCCUGCCACUGCUAGGCGUAGCAUUAGAGGUAGGCAAGGGGCGGUUAGAAGGCUGGGGCAUUUUACCAGUUGUCCCAGUUAGUGCCUCCUUUGUGAAACAGAGAUUGCUGUAAUGAAGACCCAGGAGGUGGUGGAGGUUGAGCCGGAUAUCCUAGAAUAUAAAUUAGACUAUACCCCAGACCUAAGAUGUGAGAAGCAAACAGACUUGGUUCCUGUUUGCUAUCACUGCAAAUCCUGCAUCCUAUCCUGGAAGACUUUUUCCACCCGAGAGUGGUUUCUGCGGGCCAGCCAAGGAACUCAGAGGACGUUCUUGGUGGGGAUCAUCAACCGAUUCCAAAGUCACGACCUCCUGAGAUACUCAUGGAACCUCCUACAGUCUACUGAUACCAAGGAUUUUGCCUAUUCCCGUUCCUGCGUCAGCUCCACCAUCACAGGCUCUUCUACUCUGGAUCAGGCAAUGGAUCCACAGAAACUGGCACAAUCCAUAGUGGAUCUUUGGAAAUGGUUCUUAAACGCCUGUUUCUGGACGAAAGCGAACUACGUACUACUUUUGCUGCAAAUGUGUGACUCACAGUUGUUGCUGAUGGCUGCUACUCUGAUUCGUUUCCUCUUAAGUGAACAUGAGAGUACCUUGUCUGAAAAUAUGGGAGAAGAGGAGACCGAAGAAGAAUAUGUAAUGAAGAGCAAAUCUGACAUGCAUUCUCUGAUCCCCCAGAAGUCUCCUAUUCUUUCUUCAGUGACUUCAAAACCAAGCAGUGUAUUGGGUCAUCUCCUUCUACAAAAAGUUUGGUCCAAACAGUCAGAUUUUCUCUUCAAAAAAGCACUAUAUGAGCUGCAAAAUGAUGAUGACUAUUUUGCAACCCUGACUUUGCACCCAACCACUUCACCUGCUUUUCCUCAGCAGUCCCCCAACAAAUUCAAAGAUUUCAUCCGGUAUCUGCCCAUCCACUUAUCAAAAUCCAUUUUGAGAAUGUUGGACAUGAAAAUGUUAGCACGAUGUGCCCUUGUAAGUCCACAUUGGAACUUUUUGGUCAAACAACUUAAGUGUGACUUAGUAGCAAGUCGUGUCCUCCGAAAUCAGAUUUCAAUUUUCCAGGGAUCAUGUCCUAAAGGAGCAAUUCCCACCUAUGCCAAAAUAGUAAAGGUUGCUAUUCCUCAAAUAACAGCAACUGGUGACAUAAUCCCAAUCAAAACUAAGAAGCAAUUCAAGGACUACCAACAAACUACAGAUCAAGUCCAAGAUGCUGAAUUCCUGCAGAAAGCAUACCAUGGCCAAGAGACAGAGACUGUCAAGUUAGAGGAAAGGAACAUCUUCUGCAGUAGCUACAAUGUUCGUGUUCUAAUAGACAAUCUGGAUUCUAACAGAGUGAUUCACUACAGUGGUGGAAGGUUGCUGGCCAUUGGUUCUCUGGAUCGAAAAGUCCGCUUUAUGGAUAUGGAGGAGAAGAAAAAUGUCCCUCCAGUCCUCUCUGGUCAUGCUGGUAGUAUCAAAUCCUUAUACCUCAAUGAACAGAAAGGAUUUCUCCUGAGUGGCAGCUAUGAUCUCAGUAUCAGAAUGUGGAACAUCAGAACUGGGACAUGUUUGAAGAUUUUUAUGGGCCACAAAGGGAGCAUCACUUGCUUGGAUGUGUACAAGAGCAGAUUUGUUUCUGCAUCCAAAGACUGCACAGCAAAAUUGUGGAACAUGAGUACUGGGAAAUGUACUAAAACCUUUACACACAAAGGUUAUGUUUGGGCUGCUAAAAUGAAUGACACUCAUAUUGUGACUUCCUGUGACAAGGGCUCCGUGAAAGUGUGGCAUGCUGAGUCAUAUGUACUAAUCAAGGCUUUACAAGGUCAUCUAGGUGCUGUAAAAUGUUUGUCAUUUGAUGAGUGGCAUCUUGUGACAGGAAGCACUGAUGGAUAUAUCUUGGCAUGGAGCGUUCUGGGAAAACACAAGCGAUGUCUAAUGGCUUUCAGACACCCCAUGGAGGUUCUGUCUCUGGCAUUUCUCUAUCUCAGAGUCAUCAGUGGCUGUGCUGAUGGGAAGAUACGCAUUUUUAACUUCAUCUCUGGAAUCUGUCUGAGGGUUAUGAGAGCAAACAGCAGAGGUGACCCAGUGGUGUCCUUAUGUAUUUUAGAAAACAGAUUAUUGAUCAAUGCAGAAGGGAGUGUUGUCUUGUUCAAGUUUGAAGCUGUAGAAUGGGAUCAUAAUCAGCCUUCUGAAAGAAAAGCUUACAAAACAUCCAUGACCAAUUUUAAUGACUUACCAACCCGAAUAAAGCCUUCUCCAUAUUCACAAUCUGAGCGGGAGAAGCGAGCCAGAAAGAAGAAUUGGAAGAUAUUCAGAGAAGAAGAUAACACAGUGGUUUCCUAUUACAUUUCCUGGAAGUCCAGAAAAUCAUCCCAAAGUGCUCCAGCCCUCCAUUAUGAAAUGGUGAAGACCCCUUUUCCCCGGAAGAGGGAGAAUGAGCCAGCCAUAGAACUGAAUCCAUUUGAACAGCACAGGCUCUCUUUACUUGCCCAUCAUACCUUAAAGGAACAAGAAUCUUUAACAACCUUCAAAGGUCCUUCUGAUGAUGAAUUAGUACCAGAAGCUCUACCCCCUUCCUCACUUGGCCAGAAUACCAUGGCUUUGUUAAACCACAUAAAGAAGAAACGUCCUGUUGGUCUCAUAUCUAAUGAUCAAAUACUCCUCUCUGUCAGUACAAUGCACCAUGCCUACAAACCUGAUAGUAUCAGUGCCAGUAUGGUAUACAACAUGAAAAUUCAAGAUGCUUGGGAACCUGUUCACCCCAAGAAAGAACAGUCCAAAUCAUCUCUAUCUCCUCAAAGUUCAAUGCGUAAGAGUACAGAUCCAUCAGUUCAGGUGGAACAACUAAAGGCUGCUGGUGGCACUUUAGGUAUGGAAAAGAUUUCAUCACCUUAUGAAACCAAAACACUACAGCUCAACACAAAGUACUCUUUGCUUGGGGGUAAUGUGAAGUCUUUCAUUCCUCCUCCCACUAUCACACGUUCCAAGUCCUGCAGCAGCUUGUCAGGAAGAAAAGCUUAUCGUAAGAUCCCAUUCCUAGGUGCUGCUGAGAGUUCUGUCAUCGGGCACUUUACCAGCUCAGCUGAAUCCAUCAAAAUACCACGAAUGAAGAUUGCCCAACCUGAUGUAGACCCAACUUCACAGCAAAGAAAAGUCUUCCAUGCCAUUAUCGCAAAUCCUUAUCGGUACAAUUCUGGGUUCCAGCUUCUGACAACACAACAAAUGAAAGAGUAUGAAGAAGCUAAGCUAGCAGAGUAUCAGGCAACCAAGACAAAAGUUAUUGCAAAUAGAGAAAAGGUGUGUAAAAAUGCUUGGGUGAGGAAAAUUAAAGGUCUUCCUAUAGAUGACUUCACUAAGGAGGGCAGAAUUGCUGCUCCUGAACUUGGAGAUAAUGUUUUUAUUUGAGACUAACUUUUCCAUAUAGAUGAUAAACCCUGACAAACACAAAGGGCUGGCCCUGGUAGAUUUGGUCUGUGUGAAUCUUUGCCCUGUUUCCCUCUUUUGGGAGGCUGUGACAAACUGUAUCCAACAAUUAGACCUUCUUUGUUGUCAAAAGUGGGACUGUGGGGUAGUUUCCCACCCCUCCCAAAAAUAAUUCCAGUUUGCAACCUUUGUAGAUUUGAAGUGCUCCUGUUCUGUUCAGAAAGGUUUAUUAACAAGAUUUAUGAUACUGUUUAUAAGUUUUGCUUCAGAAGUUAUAUGUGUGCAUUCCUUGAAAUGUAUUACUUAGUUGAUAUCUUAAUGCAACUGUUUCACUGUGUAGUUAUAAAACUUGUCACAAAUUA